AUGGGGAUCACGGGCAAGCGCUGCUCCGUGUCGGGGGAGGGGCGGGGCGAGGCCGGGCCAGGGCACGCCGAUCGAAGAGGCGCGGCCGGCGCGAGCAAGAAGGUGCUGGAGGUGCUCGUGCCGCCUCGGCGCGGGCGGUGUGCCCGCCGGGCAAUGGCAGCCGACGCCGAGACUGUGAAGCUCCCCGACGGCACCGAGAUCAGUCUCGCGAAGGUGCCCGGCGUCGACGACUCCACCUGGGCCGAGGUCAAGGAGUACCUGCAGGGCAACCCCGAGAUUGCCAAGAACCUGCAGAAGUUCUCCAAAAACCCCGAGGCCAUGCGCGGCUGGCUCCAGACGCAGGCCAUCGCCGAGCACUACCAGAAGAAGCUGAACGCGGAGGACACGGCCGUGCAGGACCGGAUGAAGGCCAUGGAGGGGGACCCUGAGCUCGCCUCGGUCUUCGAGGACAUCAAGAAGAACGGUCUCGAGGCCAUGAUGAAGUAUUACCAGGAUGAGGAGCUGAUGUUGAAGAUCAGCAAGAAGAUGGGUGGAUUGCCCGACGAAUUGAAGCCAGCGCUCAAGAAGAUCGACGAGACGCCUUUGAACAUCCACGAGGCGGCCAAGAACGGAGACCUGAAGGCCGUGCAGGAUUUCUUGGAGAAGAAGCAGCCGCUCGACGCGCAGGACGGGAAGGGAAUCACCCCCCUCGGCUACGCCAUCGGCGCUAACCGCAUCGCGGUGGUGAAGCUGCUCCUGGACAACCGUGCAAACCCCUUCGCCGUGGACUCCAGCGGCAACUCGGGACUGCACUAUGCGGCUGGCUACGGUCGGAAGGAGCUCUGCGAGUACCUCCUCAAGACGGGCGCCAGCGUGGCGCAGACUAACGCCCAGGGACAGCAGCCUCUCACCGUGGCCACGCAGAACAAGCACGACGUCAUCAUCGAGUUGCUCAAGUCUCACGGGGCUCGCUAG